AGACAAGUUGUGCUCCAGACGAGCUCUGGUGGCAAACUGAAAGUAUUCCGGGUUGGAUGGGGGCACAUGGAUUUGACAGCUUCGUUUCCUCAAUGACAUACGUUUCAGUGCAUGGUGUGAUUCAAAACUUGCGAUCGCAGCGUAGUUGGCCCUGCUUAGACAAACGUGGCAAUCCAUUUGCUCAAACAAUCAGUAUUCCAUUGGCGAUAAUAGCAGAAAACAAAAUUUCAAGGCACAUUACAUCGAAAAUCCCACUGAAGUAAAGCUUUUAAUAGGGAUAACAGUGGACUGCAUCUGAAUGGCUAGCAUUUCGUUUAAGAAUCAACCCACCCAGGUGUUGCACACCUAUCAGGUUUGGCGCAUCGGCAGCAAUGUGAACGACAAGACUCUCGACCUCUGUUUGUCUGAUAAGUCGUUGGAUAAGUACCAUGCCAGUUUGACGCGCAGCGAGACGGGAUUGUUUCUGGUCAACGAAAGUCGCAACGGAAGUGUGGCCGUGAAUGGAGCCAAGGUCGGUGGUCCGGUGCUCAUCACCUAUCGGGAUGCCAUCAAUGGCAUUGUUAAGAUCCGAUUUGGUCAUAUCGAGGGAUAUCUUCGUGUAUCGGGCAGCAUUACCGGCUAGCGUUUAUGUAUCACUUUGGAUAUGUCCCUUUUUAAAUCGUUCGUUUUUUUUGUACCGAAACUCAUAUUUGCGCGAAUAAAGCAGGCAAAAUAGAUAAUA